AUGGAUCACAUAAUAAAUGAUGAAGGCGUGAUAAAUAGAAGAAAUAAUAACAUAAACAAAUCUGAUGUGAUCAAAGAGGAAGGAAAAUACUAUAAUGAAAAAACUGAACCAAAAAAGGCGAAAGUUAUAGCAUUAAUUUUUGUGUCAUUGCUAUUAGAUCUUUUAGCAUUUACCAUGAUUUUGCCACUUUUACCUUCAUUACUUGAUUACUAUAAUAAAGAAGAAGGUCAAGGAAAUUCUCUUUAUGCAACGUUGGUGUAUGCUGUGCAAGGUUUUCAGAAAUUAACUGGUGCACCAGAUCGCUUUUCAUCAGUGCUCUUUGGAGGAGCCUUGGGCUCUAUGUAUAGUUUUUUGCAAUUCUUAACAAGUCCUAUUGUUGGCAGUCUAUCAGAUGCAUAUGGAAGGAAACCGCUGCUUUUAGUUUGCUUGAUCGGAAUUGCCAUUUCACACGCCUUAUGGAGCUGCGCGAGCACGUUCAGUAUCUUUGUUUUGGCUCGCUUCAUUGGCGGACUGAGUAAAGCAAACGUCAGUUUAAGUAUGGCGAUUGUGACGGAUGCAUCUGACGAAAAGACUAGAGCGAGGGGAAUGGCACUUAUAGGAUUAGCAUUUUCAAUUGGAUUCAUAGUGGGUCCAAUGGCUGGUGCAUGGUUCGCGAAAACAAACGACGUUUACUUUGGAAUGUGGGGCCAGAGGCCGGCGUUAUACGCACUAUUUCUUUCUCUCGCCAACAUUGUUCUCGUUAUUUUUUUUAUACCAGAAACACUUUCUAAGGAUAAAAGAGCACCACUUUCGAUGUCUCUUUCUAAAGCGGUCGAAUUUGUUUCUCCCUUGCACCUUUUAAAAUUUACUGCUGUCGAAAACCUGUCACUGCAUCAGAACAAAGUAUUAUCUAAAUUAGGACUGAUUUACUUCAUAUAUUUAUUCAUAUAUUCUGGACUCGAAUUUACUAUAACAUUUCUUACGCAUCAUACCUUCUCCUACACUGCGAUGCAGCAAGGGAAAAUGUUUUUAGUCAUAGGGUUGAUAAUGGCAGUGCUACAAGGAGGGGCUGCUAGAAGAUUAAGUCCAAAAGGAGCCGAACGGGCAGCACGAUGGGCAUUGAUACUUACGCCACUCUCUUUCCUGUGCGUGGCACUAGCUGCGUGUAACAAACCACCUCUCCUGUCAGCUAUUGCUUGGCUGUGGGCUGGUCUCGUACUCUUCGCAUUAUCGACAGCGUUCGCGGUGUCGUGUAUGACGUCGAUGGGUGCGGCGCAGGCGCCGGCGGCGGCGCGCGGCGCCGUGCUGGGCGCGCUGCGCUCGCUGGGCGCCCUGGCGCGCGCCGCCGGCCCGCUGCUGGCCUCCGCCGCGUAUUGGUACUCUGGGGCCGCGACAACCUACUCUUUCGGAUCAAUAAUUCUAAUCGUCCCUGCUGUGAUGUUAUUUAGACUGAAAACAUGA